AUGCUCCUUCCGUUUCCACGGUUGACGAUGCUUUGUGCCAAGAAAAGCAGUGUGCCCAAAUGCAUUCAGCGACGCUGCGCGGCCACAACGCAUUUCCCUGGAGAGAGCCAAACAACGCCUGCCAGUGGACGACCCUCCGUUACCGAAAGCCUUAACUUAAAACCGGCGGAUAUUGAGGGCUUCUUGUUACGACACUUAGCCCAUAAGUUAGAGGAUGCGUCUCUUGAGUCAAAAGGCGUUAAAUCCCCACAGUGGGUUUCUAAUAGCGGGGAUACUGCUUCAGGUCUGCCGCCUAGUGGAAAUGAGAUAGUUGGUGUUAGAGAUGAUGUCCGCUUCCACAGGCGGCUGAGUAGUCGUUUCACGAGCCAGUGUGAUCAAGAAAAAUAUAACGGUACAACUGAAGUGCCAUUCGAUACAAUACAAAGAGAUGUUCAGUUUUGCCUGCAGGGGGCACGUGAGGCACUGUCCCUCCUUCAUAAGUGCCUGAUACACCAUCGUCCAUCUGAGCAGAGUGCCACAACUGUUCCCCGGCGGUUGGUUGCGCUCGUAUUGUAUUCGCAUACUCGUCAUAACGUGGCCGUUGGAUACCACAUGAGGCGUAUACGAGACAUCGUAAGAACCAUGCUUUGUGAGCGUCACAACGAGGUGCUGGGCGUUGUGAGUGCCGCCAUUGGAGUUCGAUGGCGGGACCUCGAAGAGGUUGGCGGGUGCUCAACUGAGGAAUCGGUAGGAGGUGUCGAUAAAAACCCCAGUAUUCAGCACGAUGAUAGUUUGUGGUACCCCGAUGCCGGUGUGUAUACAUUUAACGCAUUAUUGCAAUGCCUGUGUAGAAUGGAUACGGAGGCAGAUGGGGCGUGUAGGAGCGAUACGCCUUUGGGGAUCCACAGAAAGAUUUUAAUUAUUUCGGAGGGCUGGUCCCACGUGCGAACGGCUGCCGAAUUGCACCGAUCCCAGCACGAACAGCAACAAGACGUCAACUCGCAUAAUGACACGGUGAACAUUGAACCUUUGCCAUUCGUUUUGGGUAGCACACAUAGUGAGGAUGAGCUUAUUCAGUUUGCGCGCUAUACAGCCUGCCGUGCCUUGGAAUGA